AAGAGAUGUAGUGAGCCAACUACUGCACUGGACACAACAUUUGCUGCAGUAGCACACAGCAUUUGCAGUCAAGCGAGUGGAAUAAAUGUCGGGAAUAAACAUCUAAAUACGGCGAAGCGUGAAGUGUAGCUGUGGAUGAAGAUAAGCCUGCCAUGUGUCGCCUCACUGUGGACAAUUUAUGGUGAGGAGAGAGUGUGUGUGUGUGUGUGUACGUGCUGGGAGGGAGCACGGCCAAGGGUUGAUGGCUAGCUAUAAAAAAUAGCAUGGAGGGGGGGAUGCAAGGAAAGGCUGAGAAACAAAGGAAGUGGACGAAAAGGGAGGAGUAAAUGAGAGAUAGAGAGUGGGCGGCGGAUAAAAGCAGAGCCGGCACCAUGAGCUGUGCACUUGCGAAAGCAUCUUACGACUCUUUGCCUGCCCGGCUAAGCCCCCAUCGCGCAAAAGAUCAGCACGUUUCGCGAAGACUUUCAUCUCCACGGGGCUUGGGAGCCCCUGCUUCACCUGUUUUGGCUCGUCGACUCUCGGCUUUGCCAGGGUCCUACCUGCUCCCUGCUUUCCAGGAGGCCAACAACCUUCGGCAGCAUCAGCAGCGUCAGCAUCUCUCCUUGUCGCUGGGUUCCGAAGCCUCGCUGGCGCCCCCUGUGCAUCAGGCGGGAGCUGGCCCACCAUGCUGCCGGGCGGUGGGUGUGGUGCCUCUCCUUCGCCUGGCACUGCUCAUCUUCAGCUGCUUAUUUUGGGCAGCAGGGUUGGCCAUCUUUACUUUGGGCAUCUGGGCACAGGCCUCUCUGGCUGACUACAUGCUCCUCUCUUCUAAUCGCUAUCCCAAUGCCCCACGAAUACUGCUUGCCACGGGAGCUGCUGUCACAACCUGGGGUUUCCUGGGGUGCCUGGGUGUGGCGGCCAACCUGCCCAGUGUUCUUCGUGCCUAUGGCUUCUUUCAGCUGGCCACAUUAAUGGGGGGAUUGGCUGCUGGCCUGUCAGGGCUCUUCUACAGGGAAGACAUUGCUGGAGGUUUCCGGAGCGGCCUGCAGAAGGCGGUGCUUGCUUAUGGAGAAGAUGAUGGCGUUGCAAAUGCUCUGGAUGGCCUUCAGAGGGCGCUAAAGUGUUGUGGGGCAGAGGGCUGGCGUGACUGGCUCUCUUCUGAUUGGGCAACUCAGGAUGCCCUUUCAUCAGCAGUUGAUUUGGGCAACAACACAUAUUCUGUUUCGGUGCCAGACAGCUGCUGCAUACGGCGCAAGGGCUGCCAGAACAGACCCCUGCCAGAAGGGGGCAGUGGAUCCAUCGAAGCUGUGGGCAUUCACGUGCACGGUUGCUUCAGAAAAGUCUUCAGUCUUGUCAACGAUAAUGUCUUUCACAUCGCCGCAUCUGUGCUGGGGCUUGCCUUUACCCAAGUGGCAGGUAUUGCAUUAGCAUGUCUGCUUGCUAACCGACUGUCUUCUCAACCUCGUAGACAGGUUCGCUAAAAUAUUCCCGAAAAGACCAGUCUCAAAUAAUUAUUUUUUUUUCAGUAUUCAUGUUGAAGGAUUUUUUUGUUAAGAUUUACCACAGAUAAUAUGGAAUAAAACAAGAGACUUAUGCUCUGUCUAAGAAAUGUACAAAUAUACAACAUGGACUACAGAUGCUUUAGAGGCACAGAAACAAAGGAUUCUGAAACUUGGAAACUCAUCUGUGGCAGGGGUUCACAAUGUACAAAAAACAGUUCUGUAGAUCUGCAGAUUUAUGGCUAUAGUGGAUAUUUCUCGAAAGGGAGGAACAAUAAUGACUGAAUCACGACUGUAUUGCAUAUGUGGAAUACUUUGCUAAAUUGUGUUGCAUUUUUGGUAACCAUGCAUAUCGGUAAUUCUGCUUCAUUGCAUUUGUGUACUAAUGUGUGAAAUGGUUGUUGCAUGAUUUCUUGUUUUUUGUAAUAUUAUUUUGAGGAAGUGUAGAUGUCAUGUUCAAAGUUGAAUUAGAAAAGUAUAUUGCUUUUGAAAAUAAUCUCACAAAAUACAAUGUGUGUAAACAAUUGGGGUCAAUAAGGACAUUGCACACAAAACUUGCACACAAGAAUUUGAUGUUUAUGCUUUAGCACUGGUCUCUGCAUAUAAAAAAUUACAUAUUUGCAUAAGUUCACAUGUCCCAUAUUAAUGUAUUCACAGUUUGGUAUGAAGAGCAGGAUACUACUGAAAGACAUGGGGAGGUGUUUUAGGUAGAGUUUUAGACUACACUUCUAAUCUCCUGUACUUUUUAGGUACUCUCAUGUUGAAAUCAGUUUUUUAAGGCUCCUUUGUCCUAUAGAUUACUGACGGUUCCUGUUUUACAGUAGUUAAAUGCAUGAUUUCAUGUCUCUGUUGUGCAGACAUAUUACAGAAUGAAACCGUAGUUCAUUUAGUUUAACAUGAAAUGGUUAUGAACAAAUCACCCAAGCCCUUUUAAAGACAAAAAUUGUUUGCCAAAUAGUUCUUCUGAUGGAUUAUAAAAAAAUAUGGACUGAUCACUUAGUCAGAAUGCCUGCAAUAUCAAGCAAGCUUUUUGGACAAAUGCUGUUCCAGCUUUAAUGUGGAAGUAUUUUGCUUUUGGCAGUUUGUAAGCCAUGAAUGUUAGUGGUCAUGUUAACUAAGAAAUAAAAUGGGCUAAACUCAUAACAUUCAGCUAGUAAAUUGUAAUUAAAUAUUA